GGCACCAAGACAAGACCUGGCCCAUGCCCCUCAUGUCUCUGGUGCCCUGCUGGGUGGGCUCGCUGUGCGUGGGGACGGCGCUGGGCUACUCAAAUACCGCUAUGGCAGGAAUGAACACGUUCGGCUCGCUGAUGGCCCUGGGAGCGGUGUUCGGCUGCCUCGGUGGGGCACUUCUCACGCAGCGAUUCGGGCGUCGCUGGAGUUUCGUGACCUCGGCCCUCGGCCUGCUCGCCACUUGGCUAUGCAUCGGCUUGGGGCACGACGUGUACCUCUUCUUCGUAGCACGCUUCGUCAACGGCUUCUUCACCGGCUUUGUCUCGCUCGUCGUGCCUGCGCACAUAGCCGAAAUGUCUCUCAUCGCGCACCGCGGCACGGACGGAGCGACGCACCACCUGGUCGUCACACUGGGCAUGCUGUAUACGCACACCGCCGGCCUCUUCCUCGACUGGUCCUGGUUGGCGCUGUGCUGCGCGCCGCCCGCGCUGCUCCUGCUCCUGCUCACCGUUUGCCUCAUGGUCGAGUCUCCCCGGUGGUUGCUCUGCCACCACAGGCGAACGCGGGCCCUGGAAGCCUUGCUAAGCGUGCGCACAGCCGAAUUCGAGGCUACGACGGAGGUCGAGUUCGAGGCGAUCGCCGCUAUCUUUCCCAGAUUCAAGACGCCACCGGCGCACUACAUGCUCGCCGUACUCGUGAUGGGUGCCCAGCAGUUAAGCGGCAUCAACUGCGUCUUGCUCUCCGCUACAAACCUGGUUCCCAGGGAGGAAUCCAUGAACAGCAUCACCGUGCUGGCGCUCAUUCAGGCCGACGUGAACAUGACCGAGGCUGACAAGAUUGCGCACAUCUUGAAGGGCAUUGCCGACGAUGCGUUCAAUCUACUGAUCGUGAAGGAUUGCACCACCGUCGACGCCGUGGUCAAGGAAUGUCAGCGUUUUGAGCAGGCCAAGAGUCGUCACAUCAGCCGGCAGUUCGUCCGACUGCCGAAUGCUGCUGCCUUGUGA